AUGUCUUUUCAUCAUAAUGCAUUGAUUGGUGUUGAAGUACCAUUCAUAUAUUUUUCUGUUCGUUUUGAUUUAAAUCAUCUUAUUCUUGAUGAACAAUAUCGAAAUCAUUUUGAAAAGAUUACAUCUAAUCGUCCCAUAAUCAAUAAAAUUGAUUGUACAUCAACAAUUACAAGUAAUCAUAAUAAUGGUUUAGAUCUGAAUACAUCAUUGCAUAGAGAAGAUGAAGAAUUGAAUGAUAAUGAUGAUAUCAAUAGUCAUUCGAGAAGGAAAUCAAUGAAUAGUGAAGUGAAUGAUGGUGAUGAAUCAACAACUCAGAAUAAAGUACAUUAUAUUGAUAGAUGUGUAAUGCAAAAUUUUAUUGGUCUUGAGGAUGCUGAUGAGAAAACACGUGAAGCUAUGCUAAAUUUCAGCUAUUAUUUAGCAUUAGGUGAAAUGGAUUCUGCAUUUAGAGCCAUGAAAUUGAUUAAAAGUCCAGUAGUUUGGCAGAAUAUGGCUAAAAUGUGUGUUACUACUUGUCGGUUGGAUGUUGCUCGUGUUUGCUUAGGAAAAAUAAAUAAUCCAAUGGGAUCAAAAAUGUUACGUGAAUUUAAAAGUAAAGAACCAGAAUUAGAAGCUCAAGCAGGAGAAUUAGCUUUACAAAUUGGUAUGACUGAGGAGGCUGAACAACUAUUCAUUCAAUGUAAUCGUUGGGACUUGGUAAUUCGUUUAUAUCAGUCGCUUGGUAAUUGGAACAAAGCUUUGAUAACAGCUGAACAACAUAAUCGUAUGUUAUUACGUAGUAUUCAUUAUGCCUAUGCUAAAGAACUGGAGUCUGUGGGUAACAUUCAACAAGUUAUUGAACAUUAUAUUAAAUCAGGAACUUAUCAGUUUGAAGUUCCUAGAAUGUUACAAAAUAAUCCAGAAUUAUUAGAAUCAUUUGUGAAUAAACAAAAUGAUCAAAAUGUCAAAAGUUGGUGGGCAAAAACAUUAGAAGCUCAGGGGCGUCUCGAAGAAGCGAAAACGUAUUAUUCUAAUUCGAAAGAUUACCUAUCAUUAGUACGUGUACUAUGUUGUCUUGGUGAAGAAUCAGAAGCUGAAACAAUAUGUAAUGAAACUGAUGAUCCUGGUGCUUGUCAUCAUUUAGGGAAUCAUUUAAAAUUGAAAGGUUGUAUAGAUCAAGCAAUUCGUUUAUUGACAAGAGCAAAAGCUUAUUCAAGUGCAAUACGUUUGUGCAAGGAACAUAAUCGUAAUGAUCAUCUUUUUAGUUUAGCUCAAUUAGGCAGAUCAGAUGAUAUAUUAGAAUCAGCAAAACAUUUGGAAAAUUAUCCUGAUUAUAUUGAUAAAGCAGUAUUAUUAUAUCAUAAAGCUGGUAAAAUUAAUCGUGCUAUAGAAUUAGCAAUUAAUAAUCAUCAGUUUGAUGCUUUACAAACUAUUAUUAGUUCCUUAAAUGAUGAACAAUUAGAUUCAGUUAUGUUAAAAGAAUGUUCAGAAUUCUUUAUACAAAAUAAUCAAUUUGAUCGAGCUGUUGAAAUACUUGCAGCUGGUAAACAGUAUUUGGAAGCCAUUCAAUUAUGUAAUGAAUAUGAUAUUCCAAUUACAGAAGAUCUAAUUGAAAAACUUACACCAAUAACCAAUCAUUUAUCUAAUCAUGAUCUAUCAAAUAUAUUUAUAAAAUUAGGUGAAUUAUGUUUAAUAAAUGAAUAUUAUUAUUUAGCAUGUAAAAAAUUCACUCAAGCUGGUAAUUAUAUAUCAGCUAUUAAAUCAUUAAUUAAAUCAGGUGAUAUAGAGAAAAUUAUAUUUUUCACUAAUAUUAGUAAACAAAAAGAAAUUUAUAUUAUAACAGCAAAUUAUUUGCAAACAAUAAAUAAUUGGCAUAAAAAUAUAAAUAUUAUACGUAAUAUUAUACAAUUUUAUAUACGUGGACAAGCAAUGGAAUCAUUAAUUACAUUUUAUGAAACAUGCGCUCAUAGUGAAAUUGAAGAAUCUGGCAAUUAUGAAAAAGCAUUGGAUGCAUUAACUGAAGCAUAUAAAGUCUUAGUUAAAUUAUCAAGUUCAACUAUAAAUGAUGAUAAUAAUCAAACGAAUGAAUGUCAUCUUAAGAAACGUCUAACUCAAAUAAAAAAGAAGACAAUAUUAUGCAACGAGUUUAUAGAAAUUCAGAAGUUGUUUUCUACAAACCCAAUAGAUGCAAUGCAAAGAUGUUAUACACUUUUAGAAAAUAUUGGGAAAGAUGAUAUAUUGAGACCUGGAGAUAUUUAUUCUUUAAUAAUACGUGGAUUAGUAAUGGAAGAGAAAUAUAAAGCUGCAUUGACAUGUCUCAAUGAAAUGAAAGAGCGAAUUGGAGAUAACAUUAUUUUCCGAUAUUUGGACCACGAAAUUUUGGAGAAAAUUUACAAGACGCUAAACUUAACCUCAAUUGAAUAUGAUAAGCACACUUCAGAUAAGAUCACGAUUGAAAACGACGCCUUAGACACGCCUACAUAUGAGGGUAAUGCAAUUGAUGGAAACGUAAGCGACGAAACAAAUGACUGUUAA